AUGGCGUCGCCCUUGGGGUGCUACGAUGGUGACGAAAACAGUCCACCAACGCCGGAGUAUGGGGCCAUCAGGGGGCGGUGUGCUGCUGGGGGCGGAGGAUGGAAUGCUGCUUCAUCGGUAUCUGAAAGAGACAGCCCACCCUACCGACAGGAUGUUGAUUCCCAUGGUAGCAAAGAAGCAAGAUAUCUGGAUCCAGUCCUUCCAGAGCUUUUCCCUCUAAUUCUCAUGGUGCUUCUCUGCUUUUGCACGCAUGACAUAUGUUGUCGUAUAUAUUCCUUACUACAUAUGCAAGAUGCUGCCCGGGCCGCCUGUGUUUCUCGUUCCUCCCUAGGCUACUGGAGAAGCCAUCCCAAUCUCACCUUCACCAAUGAAAUGAUGUGCCCGAAAGAAAAUUUGAAGACACCAGGAUCAGACGCUAUUAUAAGAGACUACAACAACAAUAUCGAUCGUGUUCUGACGAACCGCUUGGGCACUGCCGCCGUGACGAAACUCAGGCUUGACUACCAUGUUCCUCCUGAUGGCACUGAAUCGUAUCAUCGUCUUGAUAGCUGGCUUCAGAUGGUUGUUACACCGAGGACCAAAGAACUCGAGCUUCAAGUAUGGUCGAAAGGGGCGAGCUUUGAUUUCCCAUGCACACUAGUAUCUGACAGGUGUGGGGGCUCGAUUCAGAAGCUUCUCCUUUUUAGAUGCGCCUUGCGUCCCACAUUUCAACUUGGUUUGAGAAGCCUGAAAACGCUGCAUCUGUGCGAUGUGCGUGUUACGGGGGAGGGGUUAGGGUGCCUUCUGUCCAGUUCCAUUGCUUUGGAACACCUGAAGCUUGAAUAUUGCGAUGCUAUCGUUCGCCUCGAGAUACCUUGCCUGCUGCAGAGGCUCAGCUUCCUGGAGGUGGCUGGAUGCAUGAAUCUUCAAGUGAUAGAGAACGAAGCUCCAAAUCUCUCCAAAUUUUACCUUGGAGCAGGUGAACGGGUGCAAGUCUCAUUUGGAGAGGUGAAAGUGAAGAAAGUGGAGUUGGUGCAGAGCCGUGCCAUCAGUUAUGCUACUGACAACCUUCCUUCACGUGUGCCGAAUCUCGAGACUCUUACCAUAUGUUCUACUUGUGAGAUAGUCAAUUCUCUAAUGGCAUCUGGCAAACUCCACCUCAAGUUCUUGAGUAUUCUUCUUAUGAGUGGAUAUAAUUUUGACAAGGACUACGAUUAUUUAUCAUUGGUUCCUGUUUUCCAAGCAUCUCCUUCCCUGGAGACGUUUCGCUUGUUUGUAAGUUCGUUGUUCACCUUUCCUCAAAAAAGGGGGAAAAAGCCACUGCAUCCUGCAAUGAUUAUCUGCUAACCAUGUUUGGAUCAUCAAUUUAAAUACCUUGGCUUUUAAUCUUCAAGUAUGGGAGCACUCCAUGUAUCACUGGUUUGAGGGAGAUCCUGCCUCUCUUAGGUGACUGCCACAACACUGCCAUGGUAACCUCAAGAGUGUGAAGAUCAUUGGUUUCUUCCCCCAAAAGAGCAUGAUUAAGCUGGCAUGCCAUCUUCUCGAGAAUGCAACGUCACUUGAGUCCCUUACAGUGGAUGCUAGUCCUGCUAAUUACCGGUGUUCUGGCAAGGGCAGGAAAUGAUGUCCCCUAAAAGCUACAGCUAUAGUGAAGGCACGUAAAUCAAUCUUGGCUGUGAAAAAAUACAUCAAGGGGAAUGUUCCCUCUACAGUCAAGUUAAAUGUUCCGAAGCCUUGCCAACGAUGCCAUCGCUUUUAGUAAUUCAGGUGUCAAAUCACUGUGGCUAUCUGAUUCUAUUGAAUGGUGAUAUGUUUUAGUUGUCUGGUGCUAUGUUACAUUCAUGUCACCAGAGCUGUUUAGGAGUCUGUGAUAUUACCUUCCUGAUAACUUUGUUUACCAGACUGUCCAAUGUACUUAAUAUUACUGCUGUCCAUUAAAUAUUGUUUUUUUGACUAUGUACUGUGAAGCAAAAGCUCCACAGUCUUUUAUUUAAUAUUAAAAGAACAGAGGUCCACCUAUAUACCAACUAGAAAGGCAGAAAAGAAACUUACCUACUUACCUAUGCUACAAAAUACAACAAUCUAAGGAAGAUUAUUAACCCAAGCUAAGAAAGCAGGUUUAACACUCUCCCUCACUCUAUGGUACAACAAGUUGAUAUCAUGUACAAAUUUA